AUGGAGGUAGCGGAUCCAGUCCUCCUCGCUCUCGUCCAAGACUUGCAUGAGGUGUGCAGCGCAGGGCUGGAUGCGGUGGCGCAUGUGGCUCCACUGGCUACCUCGUCGCCGAUGGGCUUUCUUGGCGUCAUUACCCUCGGCGAGCGGAAGGCCUGGCUGGCCAAGGUUGCGGAUGCUGAUCAUGUCGAGCGGGCCCCAUCCGCGAGGGCCUACUGCGUCCGCGUCGGCAACGCAUGGGUUGAUGUCCUCCUCUUGACCCUCGAGUGCAAGUUGAGGGAGGCGCGAUCGUUUGUGGCGUCGUCACGGAAAAAGUCGCUUGCUGGCGCUCUGCGUAGCCUUGAGACCUGGGCCGCCGAAGUUCACACCUCGCUCGCCUCGGCGCGUAUCGAGUCCGCUGUCGACGAGGCCCUCGGCGAUGCCGACGCUGAGGUGGAAAAGGCAGCAAGCCCGAGUCCGGUGCCGACCGCGAUGCCAUCGACUGUGCUGUCGGCGAGUCGGGAGCAGACGCCCGCCACGCCACCACCAGUUCCGGCGUUGCCCAGCUCGCCGAUCCUAGCUGUGCUUUCGACUCGCAGCGAGGUGACGCCGCUUCAGUCGGUGGAGGAGAUUGAGGGCUGGAUAGCGGCCGGCGAAGCCAACCGCGAGGCAAUGCAGGCCGAGGGCGUGACGGCGACCGCGGCGCUCAAAGUGUGGCGGGAGGAGCAAGCCCGCGCAGCGGUGCUGCGGGCGACGCUGGCACAUAUUGCAGGAGAGCUGCGACAGCUGCAAACCGACGGCAAGUGA